AUAACAUACAAAAUUUGGUUUCAAGCGACAAUAAACUAGAAUGACCACAUUCUCGCCAGUCUAGCUGGAGCGUUUGUAGUGCGUGCGAAUUCAUACUAACAACAAAUUUCCAGCUCCACUAAUAGCAAGUAACAACACCAGUGUAUCAACUCACCAAAAAAAGAACACAAACACGCCCGUUAAACCAACUAUACACUCUAUACCAAAACAAAAAAACAAACAGGAAAAGGAAGAACAAAAGCAAAGCAGAAAACAUGAAUCGCAUCAGUACUGCCGUCUAUCGCCAUUGGAAUGCUUCAUUGGUGAACAUCGCACAGGCGAAUACCAGCCGGAGUUGUAGACUCACAGCAGCAACAGCAUUUACAAACGCAAAACGUGCAAUGUCCUCGUCAAAGUCAAACAAUGCCGCCGCGUCGGAAAAAUGUCUGUCGCUGGAUAAUAUUAAUCCUCAGUUCAUUGAAUUGGAAUAUGCUGUACGCGGUCCACUAGUCAUACGUGCCGGUCAAAUUGAAAAGGAAUUGCAGCAGGGCGUAAAGAAACCUUUCGAUCAGGUAAUUCGGGCCAACAUUGGUGAUUGUCAUGCUAUGGGACAGAAGCCUAUUACGUUCCUGAGACAGCUCUUGGCGCUAACGAUGGAUACUACACUAUUCGACUCACCCGAUUACCCCGAGGAUGUAAAGAAGCGCGCACGCAUCAUCUUGGACGGUUGCCAAGGUCAAUCAGUCGGCUCCUAUACCGACUCGGCGGGCAUCGAAGUCAUUCGCCGUCAAGUGGCUGAUUUCAUUGCGAAGCGUGAUGGUGCACCAUGCAAUUAUGAAGAUAUUUACCUAACUGGUGGCGCCUCACCGGGCAUCAAGAGCAUAUUGUCGCUUGUACGCGCCAAGGUCAAUGGCAAGCGUCCCGGUGUAAUGGUGCCCAUACCACAAUAUCCACUCUACUCUGCAACGAUUUCGGAGUAUGCCAUGAAUCGUGUUGGCUAUUAUUUGAAUGAGGAUAAAAACUGGAGUUUGGAAAUACCCGAACUGGAGCGUGCUUUCAACGAAUCACGCAAAACUACCGAACCACGCGCUUUGGUUGUUAUCAAUCCCGGCAAUCCCACCGGUCAGGUGUUGACACGUGAGAAUAUCGUUGAUGUUAUCAAAUUCGCACAUAAACACAAGCUGCUGCUGUUGGCCGAUGAAGUGUAUCAGGCGAACAUUUACGCGCCAAAUUCGAAAUUCUAUUCCUUCAAGAGUGUGGCGUAUGAAAUGGGCUCGCCGUAUAGGGAAAUGGAGUUGUGCAGCUUUAUGUCCACAUCGAAGGGUUACCUCGGUGAAUGUGGCAUACGUGGUGGUUAUAUGGAGGUCAUCAAUAUGUGUCCACAAGUAAAGGCAAUGCUGACCAAGUCCAUAACUGCUUCACUCUGCAGCACCACUGCCGGUCAGGUGGCUGUGAGCGCAUUGGUUUAUCCACCCGAGAAGGGUGAGCCUUCAUAUGAGCAAUAUAUUGCUGAGAAGGCUGCUGUUUUGGAUGCGCUCAAGGAACGCGCUGAACUGGUAUAUAAGACAUUCAAUAGCUUUGAGGGUUUCAAGGUGAAUGUGGUGCAAGGCGCUAUGUAUGCUUUCCCACAAAUCAUUAUACCACCAAAGGCUAUUGCGGCAGCUAAGGCGAAGAAUAUGGCGCCGGACACUUUCUAUGCAUUUGAAUUGCUGGAAUCCACUGGCAUUUGCAUUGUCUCCGGCAGCGGUUUCGGCCAAAGGGAGGGCACAUAUCAUUUCCGUACAACGAUUCUGCCUCAAACUGACCAGCUGAAAAUUAUGUUGGACAAAUUCCAAACCUUCCAUGCUGAAUUCAUGAAGAAAUACAAGUAAAUUGUAUACGUGUAUAGUGAGGCUAUGGAAAAACGAUACCAAGUGAUAAACGAAAUGCAUAUGUUUAAGAUGCAGCAUGAAAAAAU